GCUGUCUCGGUUCCGCCCCUGCUGGGGAGGUGAGGCCGGAAGAUGGCGGCAGUCGCAGAGUUGACGUUGCUGGAGAAGUCCCUGGGGCUGAGUAAAGGGAACAAAUACAACGCUCACGGUGAACGCCAGAUUCCAGUUCUUCAAACAAACAAUGGUCCAAAUCUAACAGGAUUGACUACUAUAGCAGCUCAUCUAGUCAAGCAAGCCAACAAAGAAUAUUUGCUUGGAAGCACUGCAGAAGAAAAAGCAAUAGUUCAACAAUGGUUAGAAUACAGAGUAACUCGAGUAGAUGGACACACCAAUAAAGAUGAUAUCCGCAUUCUGUUGAAGGAUCUUAAUUCAUAUCUUGAAGAUAAAGUCUACCUUACAGGAUAUAACUUCACCCUAGCAGAUAUCCUACUAUACUAUGGACUUCAUCGCUUUAUAGUUGACCUGACAGUUCAAGAAAAGGAGAAAUAUCUUAAUGUAUCUCGCUGGUUUUGUCACAUUCAGCAUUAUCCAGGCAUCAGGCAACAUCUGUCUAGCGUUGUCUUCAUCAAGAACAGACUCUAUACUAAUUCCCACUAGAAGCUAUCCUUGCCGCACAGAAGAAUGAUUUAAAACACUUUAAAUAGAAAGUGUAUUCUGGACCAGAGGACUAAUGUAAAUUGAUAAACAGCCAUUCUUUAUUUGCUGAAAUUGAUAGAAUUUUUAAGUAUAAACUUGUGUCUGAAUGUUUUAUUUGUUGUUUAGUUGAAAUUUUGUAAUUUUUAAUGUAAAAAUUCAACUGCUGUCCAAACUUGAGUUAAGAUCAAGUUAUAAAUUAUCUUGUUUUUAUAGAUGAAGUUGUAUUAAUAAAAGUUGCAAAUCAAUGGCUUGAUUUUUUUUAAAAAGUCCUUUUAAUGGUUGACCUAUAUGGCUAUUUAAUGACUGUUGUUGCCCAUUUUAAAAUUCAUUUUCCCCUUACAGAUAUUUACAGUAGUUUAUUAAGAUCAUAAUAAAUUGUGCCAAGGAUACUGAAAGGGAAGACAGAUGGAUUUGUUUUCAAGAAUUUAUGUGAACCAGUAAAUGUGAUUGAAAAAAUC